UUAACAAAAAUUACACCUUUCGCUCUCUCUCUCUCUCUCUCUCUCUCUCUGAGUCUGUCUGAGUCUGUGUGCAUCCAUUAGCAUUAUCCUCCCUUUCUCUGAAUCUGAAAACUCUGCCACCAUGAGAGUGAGAGCCAAACCCUGCGAUGAUCGGCACCUCCUUAAAUUGUUAUAGACAAAGCCUCACCAUAAAUCCCCAUCUGUGCUACGUUUUAUUUCAUCUGAAUUCCCAGUUUUUUAACCAUGGCCUUCCCUCCUUCUCAUACUUUCAUGUUUCACACCAAUCACUGCCAUGAAGAUCAUCAUCACGACCCCCACCUCUCCUCAUCACCAUCUCUCAAAUCCUUCCCUCCAUUACCACCCCAACACUACCAAACUCGGAGUGCACCUUUCAUGGUGAAGAGAUCGAUGUCGUUUUCAGGGAUAGAGAGCAAGUGCGAUAUGGAAGUGAACGGAGCUGAUGAUGAUUUGUCGGAUGACGGAUCGGUGCAGAUAGGGGAGAAGAAGAAGAGGCUGAACAUGGAGCAGGUCAAGGCACUUGAGAAGAGCUUUGAAGUUGGGAACAAGCUUGAGCCAGAGAGGAAACUGGAGCUGGCUAAGGCUUUGGGUCUGCAGCCACGUCAGAUCGCCAUUUGGUUUCAGAACAGGAGAGCUCGAUGGAAGACCAAGAACCUCGAGAAAGAAUAUGAAUCCCUCAAGAAACAGUUCGAAGCUCUCAAAGCCGACAAUAAUGCUCUUAACCUUCAGAACCAGAAACUUCAUGCAGAGCUGCAAGCUCUGAAAGGAAGAGAUCACUGUGAAGGCGGAACAGUGAGCCUGGUGAAGAAAGAAACCGAGGGUUCUUGGAGCAAUAAUGGAAGUGACAACUGCUCAGACAUCAAUUUGGAGCUUUCAAGAACGCCAGUUAGAAACAGUCCUGUUUGUUCUCAGAACGGUAAAAGCCAGCUCGUAGGCUCUAAUCUGAAGCCCACCAGCAUAACACAACUCCUCCAGUUCUCAACAAGAUCAGACCUCCAAGACGAAACCUUCUCCAACAUGUUCAGCACCAACACUAUCGAUGAUCAGCAGCAGAACCUCUGGACCUGGCCUCAAGAGCAGCACCAUUAUCAUUGAACCUUGAAAUGAUUCUGGUGAGAUUGAUUGGAAACGGGAAAAAAAAAAGUUAAGCUUUUUCUCAAUCUCGGUUUGAAUUUACGUUUCUCAAGUAGAGUAGUAAUGGUGUAUAAAAUUUGAACAUAUCUACUUAUCAUCUUCAUGUGAGGAAUUGGUGGAAUUUUGAGUAGUCCGUGCAACUUCUCUUCCCUACCAUAUAUAUGCACUUCAGCUAGAAACCAAAACUGCAACGUAUAUA